ACGAAUGGGAGGGAGAGCCGACAGGGAAGGUAGGAGACAACAUCGCUGGUGAAGGUCGGCUAAAGGAGAGGAAAACAGGGAGGGUGUCGUAUCUUGUUCGUUCGCGAAAACGUUCAUAGCCCACGAUUUUUUUCCUCCCUUCUUUCUUAAAGGCCAGCUACAUCUCAGGCAAAACAAAGAAAUGCUAAAACAGGAUCAAUCUGUAAACCCUACAUUUGGAGGGCUGAAUCCCGGCGCUCCACCUUCAGCACUACAUAUCCUCAACAAUGGCCCAAGGAAGUGUGACAAGGAUGGCAACUUCAACUUUCUCGGUCAAGAUGAUGGUGCACUGAUAGGAGAUGAGAACCGCAACCAAGUGCGCCCUCGAGCUCUGGGGCUUUUGGGUCGUGCUCUGCCACCUUCUGCUAACCACUAUGGGCCUGGACCCCUCUCUCCCCUGUCUCGCAUCCCCUCCUGGAGCCCACUGGAGCCUCUGCCUGAGAUUGAAAGUGGGGAGGACACUGGAGGCAGGGUCCCUCCUGAUGGAGCAGAAGAAGGCAAGAUAGAUGAAGAUAUGAUGAGAGCAAGUGAUGAGGAGAAUGAGCAGACCACAGAGGAGCUUGUGAAGGGCAAAGAUCAGCCUGAUGAGGAGGAAGAAGAGGCACUAGGCUGGGAUGACAGCGAUGAAGAGUUUGAGUUCAGCUACAAGUCUGGAAGCUCUUCCCCUUUCAGCAUCAGGAAUGGGGACAUGGCUGGACCAGACGCCGUCUUAGCCUGUGUCUUUGUGGGAGGCCCAAACAGCAAAAACAGGGACAUGCAGAUGACUCAAGAGGGGAAGCAAAACCAGAGUGAGAACAAGGCAGACGUGCACCACAGCCUGGCAGUGGAUACGUCCUCAGACUCGGACAGCGACCCUUGCUCUGAACUGCCUGACCUCAUGAAAGCAGUGUGGACACUGCAGGAUCAUGAGCGCUUCAAGGCCCAGGAGAUGAAGAAGCACCACAUCCAGCUGACCAUGUACCGGCGACUGGCGCUGAUCCGCUGGGUGCGCACACUGCAGGGCCGUGUUCAAGAGCAGCAGAACCGGCUGCAGUCCAGCUUCGACAUCAUCCUUACCCACAGGAAGGAGUUGCUUCGGAUGGGCACAACUGCAGCCACACCUGCAGCCAGCCAAUAACAGGGAUGUGGAGAUUCACUGGACCAGGGGAUGACCAGAGUGAAAACAAAUCACUAAUAGCAGACUUGCCACAUGCUGUCAUGGCUCCUCUGAUUAUUUCUUUGACCAAAUGAUCUCCUGGCUCCCUUAACUGUUACUUCAGUGUAUCUGUGUGGGCACAGAACUGUAUUUUUGUUUUGUUUGCUUAGGUUUUUUUGUUAACCAGAUUUCUAAGUGCAGAGUUGUACAUGCAUGGUUGUUGUUUCCUGAGUCUUUUCUUACUGUGCGUGCUCAUCUGAAUAUCCAGAAUGAAUAUCUUUGCCAUAUACCGUGACAUUUAUCUUAUGAAAUAAAAAAUAAAUAAAGUUAUGGAAAAUUUCUCAAAUAUCUUCAAAAUUAUUGGGAGUUUUAUCUUUUUUUUGUUUAUGAAUGAAUAAAUAAUAUUUUACA